AUGGGGAUGGAGUUUCGCACGCAGUCGGGGUCGAGGAUGACUCUGGAGGCCGGGAAUGCUGUUGGGGACGGGCUGCGAAGUGCCAGGGAUGCCUCCCCAUCCACCUCCGAGCAGCGAUACCUCUUCGACAUCUCCAGCCUGCCCGAGACGGAGGAGGUGACAGGCGCGGAGCUGCGGAUUCUGCGUGCUCUCCCUGAAAACCGGAGCUUGGCCCUGUCUCCCGAAGGCACCUUCCACCACCUCCUCCUCUCCACCUGCCCAAGCCGGGAUGGCGAGGAGCCCCAGCUGCUGGACUCCAGCGCUCUGCUGUGCUUCCUGCUGGGGAGCGUCUCGGAUCAGUCGGGGCGGCUCCUGCCCCCCCGGCAGCUGGGCUUCAGCAAGCCCCGGCCGCAGCCUCACGAGCGCGCCCUUCUCGUGGCCUUCUCCCGCACCCAGAGGAAGGAGAACCUCUUCAAGGAGAUCCGGGAUAAGAUCAAGGCCCUGGGCAGCCCCCCCUUCCUGGAGCCCCCGGAUCCUGGCCAGGAGGCGUACCCCAAGCGCAGGAAGAGACGGACCACCAUCGCCGCCCGGUCUGGGGGCAGAGGCCAUGGGAAGAAG